AUGGGAGAGGCAGGGAAGGGAGAGGCAGGGAAGGGAGUGGCAGGGAAGGGAGUGGCAGGGAAGGGAGAAGCAGGGAAGGGAGAAGCAGGGAAGGGAGAAACAGGGAUGGGAGAGGCAGGGAAGGGAGAGGCAGGGAAGGGAGUGGCGGGGAAGGGAGAGGCGGGGAAGGGAGUGGCUGGGAAAGGAGACGGAGAGGCAGUGAUGGGAGAGGAAGGGAAGGGAGAGGGAGGGGAGGCAGAGGCAGAGGAAGGGAAGGCACCAGAGAACAAGAGCAAACCAGUAAAAGAAAAGGAAGGGGCGGGAGGAGGAAUGGUUAAAGAGAAAAGCAAGGAGGUGGAGAAGCAAGGGAAGACCAAAAGAAAGAGUGUCUUGAAUCCCACCGCCUCUACCUCAUCCUCUGCAGCCCCCUCUGUGAUCCGACCCCGGAACUCUGCCCGGAUGUCCAGAAAAAAUGACAUCAUAGCAAAGUUCCAGCAAAAUGCACCUGAGACACCGGUUGUCCGCAACUUCAAACUUCAGAGAUCAUCUAUGGCUGUGGCAAGUGGGGCAUCAAUCAAACAGAAAGUGCUUUCAUGGUGUGCCAACAAAACACGCAACUAUGAGGGUGUUUCCAUAGAGAACUUCUCAUCUUCAUGGUGUGAUGGGCUGGCGUUCUGUGCACUCAUCCAUCGCUUCUUCCCAGAUGCUUUUGACUUCUCAGCCCUGAACGCAUCUGAAAGAGAGAAGAACUUCACCCUGGCCUUCAACACAGCAGAGACCAUGGCUGACUGCUACCCCCUGUUGGAGGUUGGUGAUAUGCUCCUGAUGGGGAACAGACCAGAUCCUAUGUGUGUGUUCACCUAUGUCCAGGCUCUCUGUCAUCACCUCUCCAAAAUAGAGAAGGAGAAGAAGGACAAGGAAGAAAAGGAGAAGAAGGACACAGCAGAGGAAAAGAAGAGUGAAAAGAUGACCGACGGAGAGGUAGAAACCACUACAGAGAAGAAAGAGGAGGAGAGUGUGGGAGGGGAGAACAAAGGAAAAGAUGGGAAAGAGAAAGAGAGCUCAGCGGUGGAGGGAGAGAAAGAGAAAAGAGAAGUUGUAGUGUUAGUUGAAGGGCAGGCUUAAGCUAACGCUAAAGAUACAUUGAAAAGACCAAAGGAGAGAGAUUCAGAAAGACUUAAGCUACAUCAUGAAGUAGAGUCUUACAGUGUUCAACGCGAUUGUGUGUGUAGCGUAUAUGAGCAUCAUUUCUUAAAGAGUGACACAUUACUACUGUGUAUUCAAAAGCUGGCUUUGUGAAGGUUUGGAAUUAUGCUCAGAUUCCAACAAUGUGUGUCAAUUGUAACCUGUUGUGAUAUUUUAAAAAUGAUUUAACAUGCUGUGUUUUGGAACUUUGCGCAGAGGAACAUUAAACGUCAAUGUGUAUUA